AAUGGCCGGGGAGCGAGAGCAAGGAGGCGCCGGUGCCAGUGCAGAGGCGACCAGGCAGGAGGUGUCAACAGAGGCAGUGGUUGAAGUGUGGGAGCAGAUGACUGUACCGGAGCAUGUGCCGAAAGAUACCAACAUGGCCGUGGAUGUUAAGGUGUUGACCCUUAAUAUUUGGGGGAUACCACUGUUAGCGAAAGACAAGAAUGCCAGAGUUGAUGCUAUUGCGAAUCAGCUGCUCACGGGGCCGGACGAGUUUGAUUUUGUAUUUCUGCAGGAGGUGUGGUCGAAGGAAGACUAUCACAAAAUAGCUACCAAAGUCAGCAAGGCGCUUCCUCAUUCCCACUACUUUUAUAGUGGUGUAAUUGGGUCAGGGAUGUGUACUUUCUCACGCUCACCAAUUAAAGAAGUCUUUUAUCACCCAUUUGCUCUCAAUGGGCAUCCACACAAAAUUCUGCAUGGUGAUUGGUGGGGAGGCAAAGGACUUGCUGUGUGCCGAACUACAAGACAUGGUAUUCCAUUUACCCUUAUAAAUACACAUCUUCAUGCUUUGUAUGACCACAAAAAUGAUACUUACGUACAUCACCGUGCUGUUCAAGCAUAUGAGGCAGCGCAGCUGCUUCGAUUUGGCAGAGCAAGUGAAGAUGUUGUUAUCUUCAGUGGAGAUAUGAACUGCACACAAACUGACUUUGCUUACAGACUAGUCAAACACAAUGGUGCACUGAUAGAUACCUACAUUGACAGUCCAGUUAAGACCCCAGGAUCAAAUGGAGAAUCAAAUGAGACUCCAGCCAACAGCUACACUAGUGUCAAGACUCUCAUGGAGAACCCUUGUGGCCACAGAAUUGACUAUAUCUUCUACCAGUCUUCCCAAGCGUACAAGGUCAAGACCAAAGUAUGUGAUCUGCCAUUUCCCCAGAGAGUCCCACAACAAGAAUUCAGCUUUUCAGACCAUGAAGCUGUGCGGACAGUACUUACUAUUACCCCCAUGAAAGGCACUGAAAUUAUGGAAGAAAUACCAAGUGUGCAAGCCAAGACGGAUGCCCUGCUGGAGUGUUCUGCAGUGUGUGAGCAAGGCCUGAAGUCUGUAGGCUCUCAGCAGAAACUUUACAUUGCCCUGUCAAUCCUGUGUGCUAUUGUUUUACUGGUGUGCCAUAUUGUGAUAUGUACAGAGUCAUCAACUGGUGUGACUCGUGGGUUCCUAGGCCUGUUGCUGAUAUUGUUUACAUUCUGUCUUUCAUACUUGCUCUUUAUGGCAACAAUUUUCUACAGAUUUGAAAGUAAUAAGAUUAAAGAAACAAAGUUAGGGAUAGAACAUCAGCUCGAUGAGUUGAGGGAGAAAAAUGCACAAAUUUUUGAAGAGGAGAGGAAGAGGUCUCAGUCAUUCAUCAAGUGACCAAGGAUCAGGGGGUUGGAAUCAAAUGAUUGUGAUAAUGGCUCUGAGCUGCUGUGAAAAUUCCGAAUUCCAAAGACAAUGGUUUUGCUGUCUUUCUGAGGAAAUCAUACACAUUAUCUGUGACUAAAUAGAGCAUGAAGAAAUGAUUCAGUAGUAUUAAAUCCAUAUUUUGUGCGUCAGUUUACUAUCUGUCAAACUUCUCACGUGGCAAAAAAUCAAUCUGAACUGCUGUAACUGUUUCCAUCAUUAUACUUAAACACAGUAUUAAACUAUAAUUGCCAUCUUCGUGACUUGAGAGAGAAUUCUCCAUUUUAGUGUAAAAUACUACUGCAUUAUUAUAAAGUUUGUAGAAUCUUAUUGAAAUGCUUGAGAAUUUGCACAAUAUGGAAAGACACUUUUGUUUGUAACUUUUUUCAUGCUCUUUACAGUUUUGGACAUGGAUUUUUCUUAUUACUAAUCCUAAUUGAAAUGCUUUAAUUAAACAAAAUCUCUGUCUUGCUGUGAUCAUGAAAUCAAUGGAACCGAAUAGCAUUUUCUAUUAGAUAGGGAAUAAGAAAAAGAUAUGCCUAGCUCAUACUGCUAAGAAACAACUUAAGUGAUUUUAUGAGCUCAAAGUAGUUCUUUGCUAGUUCAUUAGUUUUAAAUGGCUUUCCUACACAAGGUAUUUGACAAUAACUCUGUAUAAACAUUUUAAUGACAAAACCUUUUUCUACUCGUGUCAAAGUUCCCCCCUAUACAAACUAAACUUUUCAGGUCCGUAAGUUUUUCAUGUACUUUAAGUAGUGUUAAUCAAUCUUUUAAGACAGCAGUGAAUAUUAUAGUUCAAUUUUAUCAAGGGCAUCUAUUUUUGUGUAACAUGUUAAGCACCUCAUUGUCUUAAUAUUGACUUUAAAUCAUUAUAUUCCUAGUCUCUAUAUAGUGUUGAACUACAGUCUUUAUGAUGUAAAACAACAAAAAGAGAGUAGAUUUAGAGGACAGAUCAGUAGUGGGUGAAGGUAUUCCUUAGGGAUGUAUGUUGUUUAUUGUUGUUAAGGUUACUGGUUUGUGUAGAGAAUAGAUGGAACAAGAGGGUAAUGUGAAUGAAAAGUGAGAAAUGGCAACUAGAAAUGGCAUGGGUGUGGACUUGUUUUGUAGUGUGAUUUAGGGAUUUUAAGAAAAUAUCUUGGAUACAUUUUAGUCAAUAAAAAAGUUACUGUAUUUUUUAUAUAACUGCAAUAUAUUUGAUUUUAAAGUGUGAUGGCAAAGCAAGUUCUAAAAGGAUAGAUUUUGAUAUUGACAUUUUAAAGUAAGGUACACAAACAAGAGUCCAGUUUUAAUCAUUUGGUGCUGGGUACAUGCACUGUCCACUGUGAUUUUUUUAUUAACUUUGUUUAUACAUAGAUGUCUUCACAAGCAGUUACCCAACGCCAAGGAGUCUUUCAUGAAGUUUACCUUAUCUCACCUGUUUAACCCUAUUCCUUGAAGUCGCAUAAAUAGUUAUAUUUCAUUGCUAUUGACAGUAAUAAUAGAAAAAACUUCUUCCCUGAAAAUUAAAGGAAUGGAGUAAACAAGUGAUAUUAGGCCUUGUAGCUGACUCCUCUAAGUACUUCAGGGGAUAUUUAUGGGUAAUGAAAAUUGAUAAAUCAAAAUCAUUGUGGACAGUAUACAGGUAUUCAUGACAUCAGUGGGGUGGUAUAUAUGUCUCUCAGUCCUUCAAGGAGGUAAGAAAUUCAAGAGUGACAGUUUUCUUUAUGGUGAUUGUAUUAUCAACAAAACAUUCAGCAAUAUUUUGAGCUAAGUCUGAAUUUCGACUUCCCUUGCAAAGAAUUCUGUUUAACCUACAUGCUAAAUAGUAAACAAUGAUAAGUAAUGUGAUUGAUAUAGGUGGAAAAUUAAUGAUUUCUUGCUUUGUUCUCUAUAUUAAAAAGAAAAUUUUCUUGUCAGCAUUUCUGACACUUUAGGAUUAAAAAGGCUAAUACUUCACAUGCAUGUGGUGCCAGUUAAUGUGCUUAUUUGAGUAAUUUCAGAAUUGUCACACAACUUUAUUUUGAUAAUCUAGCUAUAUUCAAGUGAAAUACAUAUCCUGCAUUUUGAUAGAUAAGAUGUAUCCAUUGCAAAGGAGUGUUCCAGUAGUGAAUCAUUGUGCUUCAAAUGUUCCUCAUCUUGUUUAGAAGUCUGGAUAUGGAUGUGAAUGUCAACUAUGAAUUUGUGUAUAUGUUUUCUAACAGUUGUAAGGCAAAAUUCUGUACUAUGCUAAGUCAUGAAGUGCAUUUUUUUGUACAUCUCUGAAAGAGUAUCUUUUUUUUUUUUUUUUUUUUUACAUAUAUACAUUAUUGAUUUGUAAUAUUGUCUGCAUAGUGUUCAUGUAAGUACUUAAUGAAAUAGUUGAAGAAAAAUGUAAGUUCAGCCUUUUUGUCAUUAUACCAGAUUGAAUCAGCUCAAACCAUCUGAAGAAUGUAUACGUAUUUUGCCUCUCAGAAGCUUCAAACUUACUAGUUAUGUGUAGUUUUGAAUGUUGUUUUAAGAGCUUUACCUGUAAUAAUACCAACCUUGCAUGUUCAAAGAAGGAAUUUGUACUUGUUAUAGUGCUGGUGGCCUCUUCAUUCAUGUACUCAUACAUCAGAAAAGGUGCAUGACUUCUUUCUUUUAUUAAUUUUUCCAGGGUAGUUUGAAACAGGUAGCUUCACUCCAUCUUGUGAAAAUUUUAGUUGGCAACUGCUGCACUAAGCCCCGCCUCUUUGCCUUUAUUCAUUGCAAAUAUUAAAUAUUUUUCACAUUUUUAUUUUCUCUCAGUUCUGUUUUCAAUUAUUUUUCCACUGGGUCAAAAAAAGAGGCAGAACUAAUGAUGCCAUAUGUUAUCAGAUAUAAUUAUUUGUAUGAUUUACUUGAUAUUAUUAUAAUUACCAGAAGUAAAUAAAAAAUAUUCCUCUUUUACUUGUGAUAACAAAGAGUUCCUGAACAAUAACAGCUGUCAGAAAAAAAAGUUCAUUUCAUUUUUGGCUUCAAAAGAAUAAUUGGAAGUGGAGCUACCUGGUUAUAUGUACUUUGAUUUUUUGAAAAUUAAUUACAGUAGGACUCAAAAAUAAUUUUCUUUUGAAAAUUCAAAGUUAUUGUUAUAUCACUUUGUUAAAUCUUCUUUUGAUUUUUUCUGUUUUUUUAUACCAAAAUAUUUAUUCCAGUCAUUAUAAAGAAGGUUCCAAGUGGAGAUGGUGCAAGGUAUACAUUUCAAAAGAUUUAUUUAUCUUAAGCUUUUGUACAGCAUACUUACAUGAUGUUACUGUGACAGGAAAAUGGUUUAGAGAUGAUGAAGGCAGUACCAUAGCUCUAUAAAAAGGAAACUAGCAGAGUGGGUUGAAUAAUAUCCCUCUCCUAAAUACAAAUUUAACAAUAAGCGUGAUACUUAAUAUAAGGAUAUUUAUUUUGAUGUUUGUUACUCCAGCAGCAUUGGAGUGAUAUUGGCGUUAAUGUAAUAUGUCACAAUCUUCCUUUAGUCUUCAGUUUAAUGCAGUAAUUCUGUUACAAAAUAUGAUUUGCUGUAUUAUAUUCCUUGGUUUCUGAGUUUGUAAUUUGAUAGAAAAGUUCCUCCAAUUUAAAGAUUAACACAUCUUUUUAUUGUUACUGCUGGUGGUUAUUCUCUUAUUUCAUGUCAUGUUAAAGUUAGUUAUCUUAACAUUUAUAAUAUGCUUUGAUAAAAGGAGAUGUAGCACUUGAUGUAAUCAACAGUAAAUAAUCUUUAUUAUAAGCCAGUGUCAAAAAUGGAUCUGUAAGAUCCAGUCUUACCAUUAUUAUUAUCAUUAUUUUACUUUAAACCUCUAGUUUCUAGUUGCUUUUGUAUGUUCAUUAAAGCAUAGACUGUUAAUUUCAUCUGCCUUUGUUUGUAUGUUGAUACCAAGUUUUGUUGUGUCCCAUAUUUGUUUUUCAUUGCUAACACAAUCACAAGUUUUGUAUUCAACCAAAAAGGGGCCAAUACUAUUACUGUAUUACAACAUAGUUAUGUGGAUUAUGUAUUGUUAACUAGCUUACACACUUAUCAUGUGAUAUGCAUUUUUUAUUGAAUGGCAUGUAUUAAUAAUAUUAAGCCCUGUGGGAAAAGUUCACAUAAUUCUGGUGUAUUUGUUUUGUACAGAGGCAGUUAUUAUUUAUACUUGGCUUUAAACUGGUGAAGCAGUGUAUGGUGAUGCUUGAAUGAGAGUUGAAACAGGGAAUUCAAAACCUCAAGUAUUAAGUUUUCGUAAAAUUUAUUAAAUAGGGUGUUAAAAUAGUAUGUUUCUCUCUUAUCACUUUUAUUUCAGUUUAGCUAUCUAGGUAAAUUUCAUGCCAUGGGUACAAAAGAGAAGGAAAGAACAUUGUGAUGUGUUUGUUAGGUUACAGGUGUGAUACAAGACUAUGAAGUGGGACCAUUUAAACUAUUGCUCAUAUAAACUUAGGCUGGGUCAGCUGUAGCAUUGCAUUCCUACUUGCAUUAUAUUUAAUUUAGGCUAGAUACCUAAUAGUGACCACUUGUUUUUCUUGCCAGUAUUAUUAUUUUUUUAUUUUUAUAGUUCAAAUUGUUAUGCAAGUUAAAAGUAUAACUUCUCUUUCAGUUUCUUUUCCUUAUAGCUCACAAAGGGAUAUUGUUUCAGAUUUUUAAAUUUUUUGUUUUUUGUUUUUUGAUCUUUAAUGCAUUUGUUCUUGCCUCUCUGAUGUUGACCUACUUCUUAAAGAUUGGUUUGACAGUUGUAAUUAUGGAAGUAGAAUUCACCGUUCAUUCUUUUCCAAGUCAUUGGUUUAUAAUGUUAUUUCAUCAAUUUUAAUUCAAGUUUGUUAUUUAUAAGAAAUAAAGGUUCUUACUGACCAAGGACAUAGAUUGGCCUUGGGUUAAAUCUAGUACAUAAUGAAGCUUUAAAUGUAUUAAAAGAAUCAGAUUGGUGGGGAAGAAUUUUUAGGUAGGUAAACUUUCUAGGGCAGCAAUGUUUCCUUUCAUUUGUGAAAGUAGUAAAAGGAAGUCGUAAUAUACCAAUUAGAAAUGCUUAAUAGAUCUAUUUCCUCUGUGAUUUUCAAAUAAUGACAAUAAUCUAAAAUCAAUGGAAAAAUUAGGGUACAUAAUAUCCUCUUAGUGAUUUUUUAAAAAUGAAUGUUUAUGGUCUUAUAGACUUAGAUCGUGAUAUCCAUUAUGAAUGGGUAAUAGACCAAACCAUAAAGUGUGCUUAGAUUGUUUUAGGUAGUAUUUGCCUAAAAAUAGUUUCUAUUUUAUUGUGUGUAAGCAUAUAUCCAUACAGUACUACCACGUGCCAGUUUCCUGUAAAGGUUUAUGCUUUUCCAUAACAAUAAAGGAAAUAAAAAGGCUGUGUAAA